AUGCCAGACGAUAAAGCUCCCAAAGACCGAACCUAUCCCCCUCCUCCCAUGGACCCUUUCCCCACCUAUCAAACACCAUUCCCUCGCUCGAACAAGGACGACGAGCAGAACCCCUUCAUUCAAUUCCGCCGUUUCGCCGAUGAACAAGUAUCGUCACUCUUGUCAGGCUUCCCACAAUUCUUCGGUUUGGCGUCGGGUGCGAGUGACCAUUGGAAGAGAGAAGUCGAAGACAUUAUGCGCCAGAGACAAGAAUGGGAAGAGGGAUUCCGCAAACAAUUUGAGCAGGAGAUGGAGGAGAUGAGGCAGCAGUUAGAGAAGUCCAAAACCGAGGCUUGGAAGGGUAUGGAGGAUGCGUGGAAACAGCACUCCAAACAAUAUGAGAAAAAGGACGAGGGUGCGCCUACGCCAUGGUGGGCAAGAGGCAAGGCUGUCCAGUGCCCUGCAUUGAAUGGGCAACAGCCGCAGAGCAAUGCGGCAAAAUGUCCUGCUUUGUACGACGAGAAGGGACAACCAAGGACCGAGUUGGAUGCCUACAACGCUUUACAGGCAGACAGUGACAAGCAGGUCCAAGUCUUCCAGGCAUCGGCUCCAGAGUCACCAAAGAAGCCAUUGAAAUCGUGGUUCUCUGCACUCGGCUGGGAUGGACAACAAAAGGAGAAAUCGUCGAACAGUGAUGCUGCCUCUGGCGAAGACGCAAUGGUCAAGAGCGAGAAACCCCUAGGACGGCCGACGACGUAUUCGCUGUGGGCAGCCCGCCGUAUGCAGCCAUUCGACAACGCCGAUGAAACCAUCCCCUGGCUUAUGUUGAGUCCAUACUCGCCCAUCUAUCUUUGCAACCCAGCCCAGUCACGGCUGUUCAAAGUCAAAGUCCAAGAUUCGGAAGGUGCUCCUUUGCAGAUCUCCAGCGCUAGGUUCUUUGAGAGAUGGUAUACAGACGUUGACGAGAAGAUGGCGACCCAGAAACCGUGGGCUGAUGCCUUUGAGGAUCUGCUGAGUGUCCAGCAGACUGGGAAGAUGGUUGACAGGGACAACUGGAACACCUGGCGCACCCCAAGCACUUGGAUCCAUGACAUGGUUAACCGGGGCAGUCUCGGAAAUCGAUGGGGAUUCAAUGAUCAAGGGCUGUUGGUCAAGCGAGCUGACGCAACCAAAGUAACGCUAGAGACUGCACCAGAAAGCAAAGAGGAUCGAUGUGCCAAAUGGCGCAAAAACCGCGACUGUCGCGGCAAGAAGUCCUCGGAACCUACCCCUGCGCCUGCCUCGUCCCCAGCAGGCGACGAAAGUGCCCUUGUCGACAAGGUUACCGAAGCGCUAGCACCUUUCCCGCUCUUCGGUAGCAUCAUCUCUGCUGCCGAUGCGAUCGUUUCAGCCGUUGAUCAAGCGUCGCAGAAGGAGACCCAAACUCACGCACAAGCUGUAUCCUCGACCGACGCGUCGGCGUCUGAGCGUCAAUCCCAUGCCGCUACUCAGGAGCAAAGCCAAAACACUUCCUCAGCUCACUCGGCCUCAUCAACUUCAUACCUAUACGACUCGUCAGUUCCAUCUCCUGCCAAGUCCAUAGUCUCAACCUUGACAACCACCACAACACGCACCCUUCCUGACGGCUCAGUGGAGACCAAACGCGUCCUGAAACGCCGUUUUACCGAUGGAUCGGAGGAAAGCGACGAGAGAGUGGAGGUCAAGAAUGCUUCCUCAGCGAUAGGUACUAAUACCAAUGCCGAUUUCAGGGGCACCUGGCCCAUCACAAAUGCGAAACAGACAAAGGACAAAGAGACACAAACUCAGGUGCAACCUGGAAUGCUCGAAGACGCUCCCCUGCACCCGCAACGUCUCGAGGAGCAGCACCACCAGGCUGCCCAGCAGAGAGAGGAACACCCUGCUCAUCAACGGCAACUAGACGACGACCAACUAGCUCUGCAGAGACAACCGCAAAGACAAUAUCCCCGGAGAAUCGCCAUCAUUAACGACGAUGAGGAUGGGAAUGUGUCGACGCCUGAAGCCCAGCAGCCACAGACGCCUGAGACGCAGCACCAGCAACAAGCUGCCGCCGCCACCAGACGGAGGGGAAGCGGAUGGUUCUGGAACUAA